UUUCUAACCGAGGGUGUACCAUAUCCAAAAGCAGCAGAAAACCCCAGAAAGCCCAGGGCCAGUGAACGGGCCAGUUAGGGCCCGAGGUUUGACAAGGCUCGAGUCCUCUGACGCCAGGCCCCUUUCAGAGCAAGCCAGGCCCGGCGCAUAACUAACUCUCACCUCCUAGUGUUGGUCUUGUAUCAUGCAGAACACCGUUCUUGCUCAAUCUCACAGUAUAUGAAGUCCAAGUAACAGAUGGUCUGAUUCUUAUCAACAGAGCAGCUAUCGCAACUCACAUUAACUCAACGUAUAUUAUCUUGACCUUCACCAGCAAAAUGACUGCAAAGACGUUAUUGAUCUUCUGUGAUGGGACCGGCAUGGACGGAAGCCUGUCGCAGUUCAAUCCCAUUGCUCAGGCCAUUGGAGGCGAAGUGGAAACCGUUUUUGAGAAUUCUGCUGUCGGUGGAGGCGAGAACCCGCAGUUACCAACGAAUGUUGUCCGCCUUUCACGAUCCGUCAAAUCUCACACUGCCGACGGCAGGAGGCAGAUCGUCUUUUAUCAAUCCGGAGUCGGUUCAGAGGCCAAUUUCAAGGGAGAUCCUGUUAGAGGGACGACGGUAUUGCAGGCACUGGGUACCGCAGUCGCAAGCAAGAUCCGUGACGCAUAUGCGUUCAUCGCUCAGAAUUACCAAGAGGGAGAUGAGAUCUGUAUCUUCGGAUGGCCGUUCAGAGGGGCCUACACGGCGAGAAAGCUGGCUGGGUUGAUUGAUCUCAUUGGGUUGCUGACACGAGACAAUCUUGGAAAGUUCUUCUUGAUUUGGCGUCAACUUGUGGACAAGGAGACUCCUACCAUCCCAGAUGGCACCCGGCGUCCAAAAAUCAAGUGCGUAGGUGUGUGGGAUACGGUCGGGUCGGUUUACAACACCAUCGAUGCGCUCGAGAUCAAGGAUACGAGUCUUCCUAAAUCAGUCGAGAUCGCACUUCAUGCAGUUUCGCUCCAGGAGAAUAGACAGAAAUUCCUGCCUACUUUGUGGACCGUGCCUCAAGGUGGAUUGGCCCACAAUCAAGUUCUGAAACAGUUCUGGUUCCCAGGAGCCCACUCUGACGUAGGUGGUGGUUAUCUGCGUCGUGAACUUCAAGACAUUGCUCUUUUCUGGAUGGCGGGUGAAAUCACAUCUUUCAUCGAGCUAGACCUCGUAUACUUGCGAUCGACCAGGCAGCCGAACCCCGAACCCUGGGGAACUUCUCAGCCCCACAACGCGUACAUUGACAGCUCCUACGCAGAGCGCAUGGCGGUCGGUCACGAGACCCGUCUCGAGAGCGGACAGAUCACCAGGACCCCCACAUUCCACCAAAGUCUCAACUUCUCUCCUCAGGCAUUGAAGUCCCCGGACUAUAUGACCACCACCAGCCUAAUUCAGCAGUCAUUCGGUCCGACAUUCGGUCCGAACUAUCCUGGUUUGAACUUCUUCGAGGCGUUUUGCAUGGCCAACUGGAACAAGGAGCCGGUACUUGGCGAUCCAGAACCUCCUAUCUUCGAGAACCCAGGCGACAUCAUUCGGUCUCCGGUCUACUGGGUAAGAGGCCUUAUUAUCCUAUUCUUCUCCCAUUCUUGGGAUGUUGACACAUCGCACGUAAGACUGUUGGUUUCCGGGGCUUAAUACCCCCUACAGCUAUUCAAGGAGGUCAUGAGAUAAACGACGACCCCCUCUAUGUUGCACGUGCUCCGUAUGCGGUGAGCUAAAUAUAUCCUG